CAUGUCUACUCAUAUCAAUCAAACAUAACAGAAUUUAACCAAUUCAUAAUAAGAAAACAAGUAAUUCCUUUAUUAUAAAUAGUCUUAGAAAUAGAAUCAGAUCUCAAAAAUUGUUCAUAUCAACAAUAAUUAAAUUCUUCUUUGCCGUAUUACUAUUUCUACUGCUCAGUUUCUAGAUUUAAUAUCACCUAGAUAUACUUUCUAUUUUUGUGCUUUUUCUAAUAUAUCAUCUAAUAGACUUUUUGAAUGUCUUUUACUAUCAUUUUUAGAUGAAAAAAUUGUAAAUACGAUUGUAAACAUUCCUAAUUAUACAGCAAGAAGAAAAAGUUAUUGGGCUAUCUUGGAACUACAAUAUUUGAUUUCUUUUAUAUAAUAUGCUUAUUAUUGUUAACAAAAGUGGGAUACCAAUAUUUUGUUUAUAGUAAUAUUUUUUUGGUAAUUGCAAUUUUAAUGAAUUUUUAUUCCUUCUAUUAAGAUAGAGCUUUAUUAGAAUCACUUAAAAUGUUGAAUUAAAUAUCUUUAUUGAGUAGAAUUUAUAUAACAAUAUGUUCAUUAUUUAUAACUUUAAAAAUUGAUAAUAUAAUAAUUUGGAAUUGGACUCCUACUUUAUGGAGUGUUUGGGUAGGUUUAAUUUGUUUUAUUGGUAUCAGUACAGGUUCCCUUAUAGUUACAUUUAGCAAGAUUAUUUAAUAUAUGUUUGAUAAAUAAAAUAUAUAGAAAUCAGAAUGUAUUUAUUUUUUAUAAUAAUAUUUAGUGAUUUCAUACAUUUGGAUAACUUAAAUUUUAAUAUUUGGAAGUGUAUCUAUAACAUUAAGUUCUUUGGGAUAUUUAUAAUAUUUAGAAAAUGAAUAAAAUUAUUCUUAUAAUUUUGAAGUUUAAAAAUAUUUCAUUAUUGCUGAAUUCUUUAUCAUUUUAAUAUAUUCCAUAUAUUUUCGUAUAGAUAUUUGUGAAUAAAUAUUCAUAACACUCUAAGAUGAUGAACCAAUCAAUUAAUAAUAAUUUUCUGUUAAUAUGUAAGGAAAUAAUUAAACUUUAUAAUAAAUCAAUCCAAUUUCAUCAAGAACUUAAAUUCCUUAAGUUGUGUAAAAAAUAUCUAAAGCAUAUUUUGGAAUUCCUUCUAGAAUAAAAAAGGAAGGUGAUCAAGAUUCAAUUAGUGGAUCACCUGUACUUAAGAAAUCAUCAAAAGGUCAUAAAAGAGCAUUUUCUAGUUAAGGAAUUGCUUCAUAAAUGUUUUAAGAAUUUGAUUAAAUAGUAAUUGAUAAAUAAACAUUAAACACUUUAAAUAAGACUACUUCUAAUGAGUAAAGAUUUUAAGUUGAUAAAAAGAGAUGUAAUUCUCAUUUAGUAACAGUAAAUUAUUAUAUUAAUAUAAUAGAUUGUCCAUGAUGAAAGUAUUUAAAAUAAAAACCAUGAGAUGAGUAUGAGUUAAACUAGUAAUAUUUGUAUAGUAUGUUAUGAAAGAGGACCAAAUGCAGUUUUUAUGAAUUGUGGUCAUGGAGGAACAUGUUAUCAAUGUGCAAUUGAUAUUUGGAAAUAGAAAAUGGUUUGUUAUUUAUGUAGAAAUGUAAUAAUAAAUAUUAAUUAAUAAUUAGAAAAUUGAAUAUAUUUUGAAAGUUGAUUUAGAAGAUAGAUAUGGAGAUUUAUUUAAAGUUAUUUCUACAGUUUAAAUGAUAGAUUAAUUUAAUAAAUGA